GCGGUCAAAACAGUACCAUGUGCACCGAUAAACACUUCCGUGUUCAUUCGAAAGAAGACAGACUUGUGAAAGUGUAUGUUUCGAGUCUGAUAGUUUUACUUAUGAAAACAGGUUUUGUGAGAUAAUAGUACAAUUAAGUCGUAUUUAAAAUGUCGAGAAGUGCAGGAACUCUUCAAACAACGCACCAGGCGACUUAUAUUCCGCCCCGAAUGAUGCCAGGGUACAAAGGCCAUUGUCCUACCACGAAGUUUGACUACGGCGAAACCUAUGGUAAUGCCACUGCCAAGUACUUUCAAGACUACCGCUCUGAAACACUGAACCAGAGCAAAAGUAAUUACGCCAGAGGUGGUCAGUUCCCAACAGUCUACACUCACAACCCUGACCUGGUCAUCCAUGCGAGGGAUCGGACAAGGGAACAGUGGCGGACGGCGCCUAAAUAUGAACUGACCAAUGUCAACUAUGACCGCAAAGAAGAGAUUGACAAAUUUGACAAGCUUGCCCAAGAUCACCGCCAGUACUAUAAAGAUCGGACAGGCACAGUCCAACGAGUUAAUGAGUUUUUAAUCCCAAAGAGUGCAGAGGACAUGUACAGGCAAGAUUUGAAAUCAGCCGAGGAGGAGGUGGACGUGGAAGCAGAAGCCAAGCUGAAAAAAAUGUUGAACCAGCCCGUCAUGAGAACACCCAAGACCACCUCAACAAACAGCCGGACCUCCACUGUCCGGGACAGGGCCAUGAGAGACGUCGUCUUCGAGUCCAGAUAAUUGUUUCCUCUUGGAUUCAUCAAAUCAAACGUACAUUUCAGAGAAACGUUUCCUCAUAUAAUCUUAACCAGCAUAACAGUUCCAAUAACACAGUCUUAUGAACAGCAAACAAUAAACUUGAAGUAAAAAGUCAGUGGAAAUUUAAUUGCAAUUUUUGGUUGAGUGUACUUGAGUAAACAUAAUUCGGCUAUAAAGUAAUCGUAGUUAUAGUUGUACAAUUAUUCGGGAAUCAGCUCUUCUUAUGGGUUAAAAAUACAAAAUGGACGGUAUCUGCCAAUACGGAGGUGACACAGCUUAAUAGUUAUAAAUGAAAAGAAAAUAAUUCAAAUAAAUGUUGCCCCAAAAAUUAUGUACAUAAUACAGUUUGCAAUAUAAUUUUGAUUCAGAGAAUCAUCAAUAAAUUUGUGUAUCUGAUUCAUUGAUAAACAUAGCAUAAUGGAACUUCUUGAGCGAUUAUUUUUUUUUAUUUCCUGAUCCCGAGCAAAGUAUUCUGUACACAAGUGGUUUUACUUUAUUAUAUAAUUGUGAUGUUAAAUGAAAUUAAACACAGUAGAGGAGAAUGACCCCUUGCAAACCGGCA